CUGCAUUACGAAAUUGCAUCCUAUUCUGAACUGUGUGAUCUGAGUUCUACCGAUUUGUUAAGUGUGUUAGCUACUUUUGACUUUUAUGCUCUAGUUCACUUUCAUCUUAUAGAGUAUCACCAUGUCGGUGGCGUUUGCACCUCAUAGACAGCGUGGGAAGGGUGAUAUAACACCCGCUGGAAUACAAAAGUUACUUGACGAAAACAACCAGCUGAUCCAGUGUAUAAUGGACUUCCAGAGUAAAGGCAAAACAGCAGAAUGUUCACAGUAUCAACAGAUGCUGCACAGAAAUUUAGUCUACCUGGCCACGAUAGCAGACUCCAAUCAGAACAUGCAGUCUCUUCUCCCUGCUCCGCCCACUCAAAACAUGCCCAUGGGCCCUGGUGGGAUGAACCAAAGUGGACCCCCCCCUCAGCCUCCUCACGGUCACAACAUGGCCUCUGAGGGUAUGGUCAGCGGUGGCCCUCCAGCCCCACACAUGCAGAACCAGAUGAAUGGACAGAUGCCUGGGCCUAAUCACAUGCCCAUGCAAGGUCCCGGUCCAGGCCCCAACCAGCCCCCAAACAUGCCCAGUGGCUCUAUGAAUAUGCCCCCCAGCAGCCAUGGCUCGAUGGGUGGUUACAAUCACACCGUCCCUUCUUCCCAGGGCAUACCAGCUCAGAGCCAAAUGAACAUGACCCAGGGCCAGCCCAUGGGAAACUAUGGGCCUCGGCCAAACAUGAACAUGCAGCCCAAUCAAGGCCCCAUGAUGCACCAGCAGCCUCCCUCCCAGCAGUAUAACAUGCCUCCUGGUGGUGGCGGACAGCACUACCAAGGACAACAGAACCCAAUGGGCAUGAUGGGCCAGGUCAGCCAAGGGAACCAUGUCAUGGGGCAGAGGCCAAUGCCGCCUUACAGACCUCCACAGCAAGGACCCCCUCAGCAGUACCCAGGGCAGGAAGACUACUAUGGGGACCAGUACAGUCACGCAGGACAGGGAGCUUCAGAAGGUAAUGCCCAGUAUGGCCAACAGCAGGAAGCAUACCAGCAAGGCCCUCCCCAGCAGCAGGGCUACCCUCCUCAACAGCAGUACCCGGGUCAACAGGCCUACCCACCACAGCAGCAGGGUUACGGUCCCUCCCAAAGUGCCCCAGGACAGUAUCCUAACUAUCCUCAGGGCCAGGGGCAGCAGUAUGGGGGCUAUCGCCCUCCUCAACCUGGACCCCAACCUACCCAGCAGCAACGCCCCUACGGCUAUGACCAGGGCCAGUAUGGAAAUUACCAGCAAUGAGAGAUGGUCACAGCAACCCACACAGCUCUGCUCUGAUCUCUCUGAGCUUUGACCUCUGGUCAACUGCUAAGCAGAUAUAAAUGAUGGUUGUAGCUCACUGACAUUCUCUCAGACACGAACAUACAACACUCAAAAAUACAAGAUAUGUUUUCCCCUCUCUUAUCCUGGUCUAUAAAAUGUAUUCUGUUCAUCAUGUACAUUGACUUGAUAAUGUCAAAGUCCAUGAUUCACCCUCUGGUCCAGUAUGUCUCAAAGCAGCAAUGCCUUAAAAAUGGAACUGCCUUAUCCUUUAGCAUUGCAGAUUGUGAAACAGGCUAAAAAGAUGUUGGAUGUCAGAGAUGAUCUAAAUGUACAGUUUCAAUCUACUGUGGUGCAUUGUUUGUCUAUCCCUCAGCUCCUUGUUCAUAAGAAGCAAUAAUGCCAGCAGUAGGGAAAUGUGUGGGGGCUUAGAGAUGAAAUAAUGCACCAGACGAACUUCCCGCUAGGCCAUGGUACAUGUCUUGAUGUAUGUGAUGAUGUAAAAAUAUAUUUUAUGCUUUUUAGAUCAAGCUAACUUUGUAUAAGACAUUGGAAACUAGUACUAAAGCUGUGUUGUUUUUCAUCAAGUGUUAUGUGUCAAUGUUUUUUUAAUGAUCUUUAAUGAUGAUCCCAUCCAGCACAUUUUUGUUUUUUAUUUUUACGUUGUGUUGAAUUGUGUAACUAUUAAAUUGGAUCUGCUACUUCAUUGACAUGGACACUGUAUGAAUUAUUUGUGUAAAAAUGGAAAAUUUAUUAAAAUUGAAAUUCCUUGAAGGACAAAUACAAACCGCAUACCAGGAUUAGAAAAUGUUUAAUGUCUGAAAACACAUGAAACAAUUGUAUUCUGCUGUAUUAUGUGUUAAGCUGUGUAUUCAAGUCAGUGAAUGAAUAUCAAAUAUCAAAUUUGGAUUUUUUUUUUUUUUUUUUUUUUUUUUUUUUUUUACCACAUUACUUGUCAGAAUGAUGGCUGUUGGCCUUUAUUGAAUAUAUGUGCCCAAAAGGUGAUAUGUAGCAGAUGCUACUGAAAAUUUUAAGUUUAUGCUCUCUGGAGCCUUUUUUUCAAUACAAGCACCUCAGUCUUGUCCAUUGACUGCAACUUGGUGAAUGGGAAAGAUCAAACUUGGUAUAAUACAUAUUUCUGACAAGUACUUUGUCUUGUUGAUCUUGACAAUGCUGGAAUCCCUUUGAAUAAAUGUCUAAGUUGAUGUCAUUCAAAUAGUGCUGUGUGUGAAUAAUAAAGUUACUGUCAAAUAUGUAACAUAAGAUGUGAAAAUAAUGUUCUGAAAUGGAUUCCUUAAUUUCACGGUAAAGACUGGUUGUGCAGUUUUAUAUCACUGGCUUGAUAUCUGUUUUAUGGUGCAUACUUUAUUGAUCCCAUAUGUACAGCGACAUAAAGGAGAGGAAUUCAUUGUCCUCUGAUAUUGUUUAUAUGGCUGUUUUUAAUAUUUUGCAUUCUGCACCCCAUCCAAGUGGUCACAUUUGUGUCAUGGCAAUGUAUAACUGUACAUUACAAUAAAUUGGAAGAAUCUUUAAUAUA